AUGGAAACGGCGAACCAAGGGAAGGCUGCCAAAGAUGUGACAACGGAAGAUGAUGGAACCGCAAACCGGAGGCGUAGGGAUAUCACAUACGGGGCGCAGAUGAUCGAGUGGAAACAUAAAGUGCGGGUUGGGUUGCAGAACAGGAGUUUUGCGUUGGAGGAUGGCUGUCAGGUAAAUGCCGCUUUGACGCUUUCGCCCCCCGAACGGAUAUUCCCUUAUCAGGUUAAACCAAGUGUGAACGAAAUGAUUUCUAAAGGGAUAUCAAUUGGGUUGAUUGGGCAUGAAGGUUCAAAAAAAAAGUCAAGUUACACCGAUCCCAGACGGCUAAGUGGGACCUAUCGUAACUCUGAAUAUCAAUAUCAAUCUCGUGAACGACAGCGAAUGUGGCCGCCACCAGGGAAAUAUCCACAGUGGAGUAUUCACAGGGAACUGAAGAUGGCUGACACGGAUGAGGCUCUUGCCGUGGAUACCACAUUGAUCAACACUGAAGUGAGAUUUAAGAAAGCGAAGAAGCGGGGAAGGAUAGGCAACCAGAGUUUUCGGCUGGGAAAGGAUGAGUUGUCCAGGGGGUAA